UUUUUUAUCACUCGGUUUUUUUUUCUUCUCUCUUUUUUUUGAUUUUGAUUUUCUUUUGUUUUUCUUUUUUUCUUUCCUCUGUAUGCACGAAAAACCUUCCAUACAAAAUGAUCCAUCGCUUAGUAUGCGUAAAUCACAGUCAAGAUCGUUGGUAGCAAAGUUCGAACUAGGUAUGCUCAAAAAAAUAAUGUGAGUGGAUUGCCCGUGAUGCGUUGCUAAAGAUAUGGGGGUUUUUGCAGAAAUCUCAGGCACUGUAUGUUGCUUGUUACUACUGGCUUACAUGUGCGGGUCAUCGUUUGCUUCGAAAUGUCUAUUCUUGUCUUACCAAGUGGCCCCAAACGCCUACACCAAAGGGAUCAAUGAUUUGUACUUUGUCAUCUUGUGGAUCGUUAUUUUCGUUUUUCUCCGUGCCGCGCUUAUGCGUUAUGUCUUUUCGCCUGUUGCCGUUGCGUAUCAUGUAUCAUCCACUGGAAAAAGGCAGCGUUUGGAAGAGCAAGGGUUUAUGUUCACUUAUUAUUCCAUAUUUUGGGUUUAUGGCAUGGUUCUCAUGUAUAACAGUCCGUACUGGUUCAACACCAAAUAUUACUGGAUUGAUUACCCUCACAUACCCAUUACCGGUGCGAUGAAGAGUUAUUAUCUGAUGCAAUUGGGGUUCUACUUCCAGCAGAUUUAUGUGUUGCACGUAGAAAAACGACGCAAGGAUCAUUUUCCUAUGCUUCUCCAUCAUAUUAUAACCAUUGCUUUGAUCGGAUCAAGUUAUUGCGGCAAUUUUACUCGCGUGGGAAAUGCUGUACUUUGUACGAUGGAUGUGGCCGAUAUCUUACUUUCCCUUGCCAAGAUUCUAAAAUACCUAAACUUUACAACCCUCUGUGAUUAUCUUUUCGCCGCAUUUGCCAUCUCGUGGCCAAUCACCCGCCAAUUUUUCUUAUCGGCCAUUGUUUGGUCUAUAGCAGCUGAACUUCCGUUGUAUAUCGAGAUGAAGUGGGAUCCAGCCAAUGGCAAAUACAUGAAUUCUUUGAUGCACAAGGUUUACUUGACCUUGUUUGCUGCGUUGAAUAUCAUCAUGGUCUACUGGUUUAUCAUGAUCCUCAAGGUCCUCUGGAAGGUAAUCCAAGGACGGAAACCGGAAGAUACCCGCAGUGACGAUGAGGAAGAAGGCCAAGCGCCUCGAAAACAAAAGUAAAUACCUCGCAAUGCUUUCACAUCAGAAAUCUCCCGCCCCUCUCCCCUCUAAUCCACGUUUCAAUCCCACGCUAGAAAUAUCACGACCAGCAAGGCUGCUUAAUCACCCCCAUUUACUUUUCUUAUAUAUCUUUGGCAUUGACUGUAAAUGAUAAUCAUUCU